GAGAGAGAGAGAGGCAUCAUCGUCAGGUACAGACAUGAAGACGCGUCUGUCUUUUCCAGCCUGGCACGUCCCCUUUUAUCCCCCCUGCAAAAACCACAAAAGGACACCCUCACUCACUAAAUUCCCAUAAUACCCCCUAUCCUCUCUCUCUCUUUCUCUCUCUCUCUCGUCAAAGCACCAGUCUAACCACACCGUCGGACCCAUUCUCGAUUCCUCCCACCACCAUGCCUCCGCCACCUCACCAUUGCCUCCUUUUCUCUCUCUUCCUCAUCUCCGCCGCUUCCUCCGCCGUCGUCACCGACCUCCCGGAGUUCCGAGAAGCCCCCGCGUUCCGUAACGGCGGAGAGUGCCCCAAAACGACGUGGCCGACACGCCCACAGCAGGGGGACGCCGACGCCGACAUCAUCCACAUCGCGAUGACCCUCGACACCACCUACCUCCGGGGCUCCGUCGCCGGGGUCUUCUCCGUCCUUCAGCACGCCUCCUGCCCCGAGAACCUCGUCUUCCACUUCGUCGCCGCCUCCCGCCUCCGCCCCGUCCUCCGCCGCACCAUCGCCUCCACCUUCCCCUACCUGACGUUCCGCCUCUACCACUUCAACGCGGACCUCGUCCGCGGCAAGAUCACCUACUCCGUCCGCCGCGCCCUGGACCAGCCCCUCAACUACGCCCGGAUGUACCUCGCGGAGCUCCUCCCCACCUCCGUCCGCCGCAUCAUCUACUUCGACUCGGACCUCAUCGUCGUCGACGACGUGGCCAAGCUCUGGUCCAUCGACCUCCGAGACCGGGUCCUCGGGGCCCCCGAGUACUGCCACGCCAACUUCACCGCCUACUUCACCCGGCGGUUCUGGUCCAGCCCGGCCCACGCGGCGGCGCUCCGGGGGCGGAGGCCGUGCUACUUCAACACGGGCGUGAUGGUGAUCGACCUGUGGAGAUGGCGAGAGGGCAGGUACACGGAGAGGCUGGAGGGGUGGAUGAGGAUACAGAAGAGGGAGAGGAUCUACGAGCUGGGGUCGCUGCCGCCGUUCCUGCUGGUGUUCGCGGGCGAGGUGGAGGGGGUGGAGCACCGGUGGAACCAGCACGGGCUGGGAGGGGACAAUGUGAGGGGGCAGUGCCGGGAUCUGCACCCGGGGCCGGUGAGCCUCCUCCACUGGAGCGGAAAGGGAAAGCCGUGGCUGCGGCUGGACUCGCGGCGGCAGUGCCCGCUGGACUCGCUGUGGGCGCCGUACGACCUGCUGCGCCACCCGUCGCUGUUCUCCGACAGCUGAGCACGGGGCUAUGUACGACGGCG